GUCCAUCGGAGCAUUCUUGCGCACCGCACGGCUCCCGUGAUGGACGUGACGCACGCGUGUCGCUGCUGCCUGUGGUGUCCCGCGGACAAGGACCUGACGACGCCGUACACACAUCUCGGCAAAACGGAGAUAUAUGCCGUCAUGGUCAAAGAGUGCUUUGAUAUACAUCUGGUGGUGGGCGGCUCGGGCUCGUGCGGCAUCUGCUCUAUGUGCGUGGGCCGCCUGCGAGACGCGAGCGACUUCAAGCUGCAAGUGCAGCGCAGCCAGGCCGAGCUGCAGGCGCGCACGCAGGGAGCGAGCCACGUCAAAGAGGAAGAAUCUGCAGUUGAGCCAGGGAACCCAGAAAUGCAGGAUGGAGAUGGGACCAGUGAGUUUGUAUCAGGUGAAGAGCCCCCGGUCAAGCUGGAGACGCUAGAUGAUGGGGCAGCUGAUGAUAUGUUGUGCGACAUCCACACGGCGACCAGAGACGGGGCGAGCGACGAGGAUGUCCCGCUGUCGCCGGAGGAGCGGGCGGUCAAGUCGGAGGUGUCGGACGCGGCGAGUGACGAGGACUGCGUGUCGGUUUCUUCGGACGGCAUCGCCCGCGCCAGGGAGCAGCUCGCGAUGGCUUGUUCCGUGGUGCUCGAGCGCCUCCGCGGCGACGCGACUGUUCACAGUGGAGGCAAACCAUACACAUGCGAAGACUGCGUAUUGAAUCAAUCCUUCGACGUCACCAGAAGACCCAUAACCGAAGACAUAAGAACAAGGAAGCCGGUAAAAACCAGAGCUUACAAUUCUUACAAACUCACCUAG